AUGUCAUCAGGCCUCACAGAGGAACAAAAGAGAAGAAUUGAAGAGAACCGCCAGAAGGCUUUGGCUAGGAGAGCAGAGAGACUAGCAGCCCAGAGAGGUGGGCAGGUGGGGAUCACUGGACCUCAGGUGAAAGAACAGAGUCCAGUCCCUUCCAAAAAGGAGGAGAACAAUCAUGUCAGGUUCGUUAGCCAGCACCAACAGAAUCCAAACAGUCCUGUGGAGCAAAAGAGCUAUCUUCAGAAAGAUCAUAAUCAUUACACUGCAAACCAACAGGUAGCUGGUUCACAUGGAGAGCAACAAAAGAAUUUUUCAGAGGACUCGGAACAAGCAAGUGGCAUUAAGCAGUUCCCUACAACAAUCCCAAACUCUCCGAGUUAUUCCCAUAAACAUGACUUUGAUGCUGGUGGUCAGGCACAUGGACAACAAGCUUUAAUUAAUCUUGGUACAUUCCAGCAGCCCAAAUGCUACCCAGCUUUCAAAAACCCUACAGAACCAUCUCAUCCUAGAUUAAUUGAUAGUGGGCACCCUGACAGUAGUAAAGAUUUACAAAAUCAGAACAAAUCUGCCAUAAAAUAUGUUUUACCACCAAGCAGCACCACCCCAAGUGAUUCAGAAAUGCUGAUAAACACAAGGCAACCAACGGAAAGAGAAUGGGGAGGUGGUGCCUCUCAGGCCAGUGGUAGGAUGCAGAAGCUGACCAGCUCUGCUAGUGCAGGCUCUACCUUUGAAGCUGCCUCUUGCAAGAAACCAAACAGUGUUACAAAAGGAAAAUGUGUGAAAUAUGGAGAAGACCGAUUCCAGGUUGAAAUAGGGUAUAAUGCUGAACUCAUUGCUGUGUUUAAGAAGAUACCAAGCAAAAGCUAUGAUCCUGCUGUGAAAAAAUGGAAUUUCAGCCUGGAAGAUUACAGCAGUUUCAUGGAAGCAGCAAAUCAACUUCCAUCAGUAAUUCUGGCACCACUGGAAGGAGAAAAUGCAGUUGGCUUGGCAUCAGGCUCUCAUUUUGUUGGCAGUGGGGUUGAUGUGAAAUCCCUCUUGAAGAUGUGUAAGAACUGGAAGAAACCCUCAGCCCUUGUCAAAGGGAAGUGCAUGCUGAUCUCUCGCUUGCGGUUUGAGGUUGAUAUUGGGUAUUCUGCAGAACUGAUUGGAGUGUUCAAACAGAUGGAUUCCAGAAAUUAUGAUGUGAACACCAGAAAGUGGAAUUUCCUGCUGGAGGACUAUCCCAAACUGAUGGAAGUGUUACAGAGCCUUGUGUCAGUAGAAGUGGAGCCACUGCCUGAGGCAGUAAUACAAACAUUUGCUGCUCAAAUACAGAGAUCUACAUCACAGACAGACAUUCCUGAUGCUGACCUUUCAGUAGUGGACUCCAAAAUUGUGACGAGCCUCAUGCCCUUUCAGCGGGAAGGUGUGAAUUUUGCAAUUUUAAGAAAUGGACGUUUACUUCUUGCGGAUGACAUGGGCUUGGGCAAGACCAUCCAGGCGAUCUGCAUUGCUGCCUAUUACCGAAAGGAAUGGCCCUUGCUUGUGGUGACUCCAUCUUCUGUGAGGUUUACAUGGGCAGAGGCAUUUCACAGGUGGCUUCCAUCCUUGAGUCCAGGUAGCACCAAUGUCAUAGUGACUGGCAAAGACAACCUAACAGGAAGCUUGAUCAACAUCGUCAGCUUUGACCUCCUCAGUAAGAUGGACAAGCAACUUAAGAGCACUUUCCAAGUAGUUAUUAUUGAUGAAUCUCAUUUCCUAAAGAACAUAAAAACUGCACGAUGUCGAGCUGCCAUGCCUCUACUCAAGGUGCGUAUGCUGGGUGCCAAACCUCCAGCAGCUAAG